CUCAUGAUUUCAACUAUGAAAAUUUUGCAAUAGUUAAAUUCAUAAAUCAAUGAAAUCUUAAAUGAUCAUCAAAAAUGGUAUUUAUUACAUCAUUUUACUUUUUCUUUAAUGUUAUACUAAAUAGAAAAUACAUUUUCAUUAAAUCCAAUUGAUUCAUAUAAUCGAUUAAUUAAUCAAUCAAUCGAUCAAUUAUUGAUCUGAAUUCAAAAACAUCAUUUAAAUUUUCUUCAAAAAAAAAACAAAACAAACUAUUAUGAAUCAUAUUGAAUAGAAAUCAACAACAACAACAACAAACAAAAAAGAGAAAAUAACCUAAAACAAUCAACAAGAGAGAAAAAAGAAAAAAAGAAAAGAAUCAACAUCACUAUGAAUAAAAUCAAUAAACAAUUAAAUCAAUUAACAAUAGGCAUUAAAUUAUUAUUAAUAACUAAAGCAAAAUAUCAUUAUGAAGGUUUUAUAACAAAAAUUAAUUUAAUUGAAAAUACAAUUACAUUAAAAAAUGUUAAAUUUCUUGGAUAUGAUCAUCAUUUAUUAUUACGUAAUCAUCAUUAUGAUCAUAAUGAUGAUCCUAAUUAUCAUAAAAUACCUAUUAUUGGAACAAUUUAUGAUUCAAUUACAUUUUGGAUAUCAUGUAUUGAUCAAAUGUGGCCAUUAAAAGAAAAUAUGAAAUUAGAUCGAAAAAAAUUAAAUGAUCCAAUGAAUAAUACUACUACUACUAAUACUACUAAUAAUAAAGAGAAACAAAAACAACAAAAGAAUACAUUGGGCUAUGCUCCUAGGGACCAAAAACGUCUCGUGGAAAUAAGUUCAAUUAAAAAUAAGUCGACUACUGGAGAUUUUUCAGUUGUGAAUAGAAGUAGAGAUCCAUCAAAUCAACGUACCGUGCAUAAACCACGUAUGCUAAACACGUACUCUCGUCGAAGUCGUAACAUGAGACCUUUACCGAAGCAAAGGGAUUACAUACCUAUGUUUCCAAUCGUUCCACACCCAGGAAAUCUUCAAAAGUUUGGUUAUCCUCCGAUUAUACAAAACCCACCAUUUAGACUUAUGAGUAUUUCUAAUCCACCUAAAUUUGGCCAUUUAGGAUUACGAUAUCGUAAUAAUAGACAAAUUCGACCAAUGAGACUUCCAAACAGUAGUUACAGACAACAUAUUAGAAGUAGUGUAAAUCCUUAUGGAGUGUAUGUUUAUUUGCCUCCUGAAGUGGCAACAACCAUGCAACAAAGAUCGACCAAUUUUAUGUUCCCUCGGUUCAGAGGGACCAGACGCCGGAUGUUAGAAAGAAAAGCAACAAGAAUCAAUCCCAGAGUUCAAUCUGAAGAAAUAGAUUGUACGAUACCAUAUGAUUUUGAAACGGCAAAUGCUGAACUGGAAGCCGAGUUGGCUAAGAUGAGCCUAAACACGGAUGAAGAUUCAGUAAGUCGAGAGAAUUCAGAGGUAGAGCGAACUAUUGGAGAUCGGCCAAUACCAUCGAUGGCAACAAAUAAUGCUUCGAGAUUGCCAAUUAAUUCCAAUAAUUUAUCUAGGGAAUCCUCUUCAGGAGCAGUUAGUUCUACUACAGCCAAUAACACAAACGUUCUCAUUUCUGAAAACAAACGUCCAUCUGAGAGUAAGGAAACUUUAUCUAAAGGUGAAUACUAUGUCCGAGAAAAGUGUUUUUACGAUCAGAUAAGUAGGUCAGACGGACGACCAAGAAGCCCUACUAACCUUCAGAGUGGACGCAGAAAAUAUAAGAAAUCAACAAACAGUCAUUAUAAUAGUGGUUUAUCAACACGUGGACGAACAUCUAAUUCAAGCGGUACCAUAGGUGGAAACAGUUGGACUUCAUUAUCUAAAAGAGAACGCCAAUUGAAUUUUGAAACUUUUGGUCCUAUGGCAACAAAGAGACCAUUUUGGCGCCAAAGAAGAAGUUCUAGUGUUCCUCGUGAUUUAUUCGUUUCUGCAUCAGCCUAA